GUGUGUGUGUGUGUGUGUGUGUGUGUGUGUGUGUGUGUGUGGCAGCACCAUCAUUUUCUCAUGGACCAAUGACCAUAGCACAUUGAGAUCUAUUGUUUCCUGUCAGCUGUCCUGACCAGUACACUUGGGCUGCUGCUUUUCACUAUGAACGUUGUGUAGCGAAGCAAAUUGAUUAACCACUCAGGCCCAAAGUGUUACUGCAAAGUUUAAUCAUGAAACACACGGCCACAAGCUAAAUCUUUUUGCAUAAUUUGUGACAAAAUGUUUUGUUGGAUCGUAAAAUUGUUGCUGUAAAUGUAAAAUUAAGAUUUUAAGUGAAGUUGUCAGGUUGUUGCCUAGGGUGUCUUUACUUUUCUUUUCUUUUUUAGAUCAAAAUGUGUUCACACUGUACAAUUCCACAAACAAUGCUGGCCUUCCUCUGAGCCCCUUUAGCAGGUGUUAAAAUGAUGCUAUACUAGAUGUUUUCCAACUUUAAUCCCCUUUAUUGGAGCUCUCACUAGAGAUGGAAUCUAAGUGGAAAACUCAAUUAAUGCUGACUGCAGUGCAACACUGAAGACAGACCAUGGUCAUUUGCAGAAAUUACUGGAUGGGUGCAGAUAGUUUUUCCAACUCUGUAUUGCUAAUCAAUAUCAGGUUUAUUUUCCAGAGCCAGAUUUUCAUAUCAGCCCAUUUAUUCUGUUGCACUGACUUUUGUGUGUAGUCAUAAAGGAGGAGACAUACAUACAUUUUCCUCUGUUUGCAGGAGAUGAGUUGGGCUGCUGUAAUAUGUAGUGUGUAUAUAUUCUAUAGUAUCUAGAAAAAAAGAAUAUAUAAGAAUAGUCAGGAGAUUAUGUAAUACUCCAUCAUUUGAUUUAAGAUCCAGAUGGUGAGGCGGUAAUCUUCUCUUUAUUUCCCCAAGCCAUUUGUUCACUGGGUUCCACUGUUGAUGAUACAGAGAGAUAAGACAGUUCCCUAUUAUUGUCCCUGUCCACUAGUGAGGACAUUACCCAAGUAAAAGAGACUCGGCGUGCAGAUGCCUCCUGCAUGCAGAGCCAUUUGCUUCUGUGCCAAUUGUUAAAUGAAUUGUGUAAUAUUGCUAGAUGUGUAAAACUAUUCAUCUUUUUCCAUUUCUUCCCAGUUUAGGUUGUUGUGCAGGCAGAUUCCUCCACCAAGUGAUAUAGCCAUUAAUAUGAAUCUCCUUUCAUAGCCAAAACAAAUAGUUGAGUUAUUUCAGAAAGACCUGCCCUAACAGGGACCAUCAAACAGAAACACUGACACUGACUUUUUCUUCUGUGUGAUCAGGGAGCGAACACAUAUCAGUCUGUCUCUCUGAAAGCCCUGUGAAUGUAAGCUUGCAUGUGUGUGUUCAGUAUGCAUGUGUGGGCGUAUGAAUGGCUGAUUUAUGUAUAUUUUGUAUUAUUUAAAUGUAUUUAAUUAUCAUAUGUCAACUGCCUAUAUGAGUUCUUGCCUGCCAAUAUUUGUGAUACAUGUUUACAGAAGUCUGUUGAGAUUGGAGGGACUCAUUAAACCCUAAAACAGGACACUGUAUGAAGUCUGUUUGGGUGUUGACAACAUUCAGUACUAGAAAUUGAUGUGUUUUCAUACAAUCUGUUCACAGUGAGAUGUGAUUAGACUCACUCUGCUUCACUUUAUUGAUCUCAGGUGACUGAAAAAGUCUGUUCAGUCAGAUGGAUCUGUCAAAGGCUGCGCCAAUAGCAUGAAGUCAGUCUCCUGAAGGGUGCCAACACACAGUAACUGUGACAUGAGCAGCAGGCUUAAACCUGUUUUCUUAGUUGGUUGACUCACACACUGCACCACCUGCUAUGGAAAGAGCUGCAUCGGGUGAAACUACAGAUUUAACCGUUCCCAUUUUAAAUAAUGGGAGUAUUUCUUAUUGCCAAUGCAAUCCAAGUUCAACCUGAGCAAAGGUUGAGACGUGAGGUGAUGGAUGAGUUAAAUGUGUCUGUAAGAGUGGAGCGCUGGUCAUUAAUGUUGGAUGAGAGUGAGCGAGGGCACUACAGUCCAGGAGAAACCAGUUUUUGCACAAGACAAACACAAGUCAAACUCGGAGUUGAUUUUAUGAACCCCACAAAAUAUGUGUGUGCUUGUACACACAGAAGUCAGAAUGCAUCUAUAACAGCGAGGCAGAUUAAACGGUUUGAAAGUGAGAGCGCCGUGCUCGCAAAGGGAAAUGAACCACAAGCUUAUAAACUCUUAUUUCAUAUUGCCUGCACUUUUUGUACCACUGUAGCAAGUUAUUGUGAUCACACUCUUAUAACACACCCCACCUCCCCACCAACAAGACUAGACUAGACCAUACCAACUCUGACAGCAUGGGAGGGUGCUCGGCUGCAGUAUCGUGACAACUGCAUUAUUUUAGUCCCCUAAAUCCUGCUGAAUUAAUUUGGAACCAGCCCGGGGCAUGUUUUGAUUCAUUCAUCAAAUGUCUCCAGGCUCUCCUGCCGUCCUCCGGUGAUUUACAGGAGAUUUUUCGGGCUGCACUCCCCUCCUCGCCUGUCCUCAACCGGUGAGCCAGUCAGCAGAGCAAGCUGAACAAAGCCAUGGGAGAGAGAGAGAGGAGCUUCUGGGAAGAAAUGUCUCUCACUGACUCUGUCGCCUGGACAACCGGAGCAUGGAGGAGAUGAAAUUGCAGAGCACAAGUUCAGCACAAUACAAGUGGACCCAGUAGGCCUGAACGCUCCACCUGUAAUCCUCGUCUCAUCAGCCUCAGGUAAGACUCCUCAGUGUUGCAGGCGUUUGCUUUGAUAGGGAUGCUUUCAUUUUUGCCUGAUGUAUUAAUACAGAUAAUAAUUCCUGAAGGUAGCAAACUGUGUAGUUAUCUUGGAAAUGCCAGAUAAAGUCCAAAAAUGAAUUAACAAAUGAAUAAAAGCUUAUCUUACCUGCUUGGAGUACAAGCAUUGUUUAUCAGAGUAACUCUGGGGCAGUUUUUCAUUAUGUAUAUAAAUGUGUUUAUAAACUGCAUAAAAAGGAAACAACCCUCACUGUAAUAUGGGGAUUAUUUACAACAUUUCAUGUAGAAGAGUGGGAGAAAUUGCAUGGUACAGCACCACGAUGCUUCACACACCGUACACCUAGCUCUGCACUCCCUUCAGUGCGAGCAUGAAUUCAUCGAGAACACAAUGAGAAAAUGAACACCGUUGAAUGAAUCUGGAGAGUUUGACUUGAACCACGGACUCCAGAUUCACAGUGCGCAAAGGAUAGAAGGCACGUCCGCUAUAAGCAUACUGCUGAGCGCUCAUGCAUAAGGAAUGUAUUCAUAGAGCACUCGUUGUGAAAUCGAUGCCUCUUUAAAUGAGGUGGUAUGCUUGCUGAGUUUACACCAGGCUGGGUUUGUGUGGGGCAGCAUGUGAUAUCCAUAUUGGAUGAGAUGGAGAGGAGAUAAAACUGAGGAGGGUGGGGUUAUUUUUAUCUGCUGUCAAUAAUGAAGGUUACUAAUCUCUCACCUUUUGUACACAAGAUGGAGAAAAGGCAGAAAGAUUGAAGGAGGAAAAGGGCAAGAGAGUGAGGGAUGGCGAGCAAAAGGGGGGAUGAGAGAGAUGUUGAGACAGAUGAUUGUAGGUGAAAGGUUCAGGCUGGCAGCAUGCUGGGAUCGCUCAGAGCUCCCACCUCAACUACCUGACACAAUCCAGAGAUGGAGUGGAGGGUAAAAACACUUACACUCAGCUUAUUCACGUUUUUAUGGGAGAAAAAAUACAUAAGAAAAACUGGUCGAGUGGAAUAUAUGGUUCACCUUCCUUUUUGCUCACAACUGGCUGAACAGGAGACAAAUACAGCUCUGUGCUGCACAAGACGGUGCUUCAAAUACUGCUGUACAAGCAAGCAGGUGCUGCAAUGACUAUCUGGGAAACACUUGUUUAAAGAUUUUGAAGAACAGAAGCUACACAGAGAGUUCAGAAUUGAGUCUUAUGCGAGGGAAGGUAAGUGAUUUUCAAGCGAUUAAUACCAGAUCUCAUACCUCAAAAGCUGCAAAUAGAUUUUCACUUCAGGGCCCUCGGUGCAUUUAUCUCCGUUUUGAGUCUAAAACUACAUUAUAGACAAAGAAACAUAGCCCCUAAUAUAAACCGAGCCAUAAGGGAGACAGCAUUUAUUCCUCUAAAUACAGGAAGCACGAUGCCAAAUUACACACUAUUUUUAAUCCACACCUGCGCAGGGUGCAAAUCGACUGUGUGCUCUUAAUCUUUACGGAACAUGUGGGAGCUUGUAAAAACAUUAGUCAUACCAACCUCUGCACUGCUCACAGUGCUUUACAGCUGCACACCACUCAUAAUCAUUGUACAUGAGGUGCAAUGCUCUUGGACACAAAGAAGAGUCAGACUCAUCAAGACGAGAGGAAGGGAUGUCUCCCUGUGGCUGUGCAUCACUGUAGUCAUCUUUCCUCCACUGUACCUGGAUGCUGUCUGUUGCAAGGCGCACAGUAGGCGACAGAGGGUUAGCACACAGCACACAGCACAGAGCUCUGCCUUGAUGUCCAAUAGGCACAAAGUCUGCAUGUCCGUCACUGAUGACUUCUUCAGACUGUGACAUCGGCCCCCUAAUCAGCCUGUUUUGACGUUAAAUCGGACACAGAAAUGUAGCUGUGGAAAUCUGCCUGUUAGAUGCUUUGCCAUGAAUCUAGCAGAAAAGCACAAUUUCUUUUCACAGAUUUCUGAGGUGCUGGUCGUUUGUUUGAAGGGUGACGGCUGUGGUGUGUGUGUGUGUGUGUGUGUGUGUGUGUGUGUGUGUGUGUGUGUGUGUCUUCAGUCAUUCCCCAGGCUUUUCUUUCCCCAUCUCUUCCAUUCCACUUCCCUCAUCAUAUUUCUGUGCUCGUCUGAGUGUCUCCUCUCAUCUUCUGUUGAUGAGAGCACCAUCAUCAAAACAAGCUGGAGAGGCAGACGUGAUGAACUGUAACAGGAUUACAAUAAUAUAUUUACCAAAACUCCAUUUCAUUUACUCUAAAUGCGCAAUUAUAUUUUACAUAUUUCUUAAGAUUUUGUCACAAAAUUGGUCAUAUUACGGACAGAAACACGUCUGGAGAGGAAAAGUGGCUUUCAUUAUGGUAUUACAGAAAACAACAUAUUGGGCUCAUUUGUAAAUAACAGCCCAUGAUGGGUGCAGAUAAGCAGUAAUGAUGCCUCCAAAUUACAGGCUUUAAAUUGGAACAAAUUAUUUUCUUUGUUCUUUGAGAUCCAAAAGUAAUUGAAAAUAAUAAUAAGAUUUUGUUUCAUAUUUCAUUCUUUGUUUUUACAAUUUAAAACCAAACUUUCCAAGACCUUUAAUGCAUUUGUCUUCUAACAGAGCAGCUUUGCAGAUGUUACUCUCCCAUCAGAAGGUGUACUGGUGUCCUUGUCUGUGCAGUUAGAUGACUUGGUGAAGAGGAAGUGUUGUGCGGAUUUAAAAAUGACCCAAAAUAGGCCUUUUUCCUCUUGGUUUCAACUCUUUCUUUUCUCUUUCAUGAAAGAAAAAAUCUAGCAUAAAAUGCACUUUAAACACUCUCAGAAAGUGAAGAAGGUGUAGAGCUCAGGCUGUUAAAGAUGUGGCUAUGAAACGCAUCCAUGAGCUGCUCCAUUAUCAGUGAACCUGAGACUUUGUGGACACAGUGCCUGCAAAGCACACAAGGGCAUUUUCUCCAGCAGACAUCAACACUUCUUUUUCUUUAGCCCGACCAUAAAAUAUAGUUUAUUCAGGUGUAAGACCACAAACACAAAUCCCAUAAAUCAACAAGCCUCUAGUUUAUUUGCAGCUCCAGGGUUUGUCUCGCAAGUCUUUCUUCUCUGUUUUUUUUGACUCGAGGAGUCUUAAUCAUUUUUACAAAUAUCGAUUACACGGCGUCAUUUGUAAAUUCUUAUUUUUUUUUUUACGAUGGAUUUUUCACUUAGGCUACAGAGCGGAGAGCAGCUAUCUUUUACACAUAAUCAAGAUGCACUGUCUCACCUGGCUGACCUUAAAGCGCUGCUCUAAAGAGAAUAGAUAAAUUGCUGCAGUUAGUGAGCUCACUGCCACUUGGAUACAAACUGCAGUACCUUGUGUGUCGAGGAGUGCAGAAAAAGUGGCACCUAUUGGCACUAUUAUUCAAAGGCUGCCCAUCACAGGAGGUAAACCUUUUCUUAUUCCUCAACUCUGCCUAAUAUCACACUCGCUCUUCUUGUCAGUAAUUAGACAAGUGAAAUGAAUUAAUUUGCUGCAGAGCAGACACUGCUACUGGGGAUUCGAAGACAGCCACCAGCAGACCCUCUCUGGGUGAUAAUGGGCUUGCACACGCUGACAGAGGGAAGAAUUAAAUCACAGCUUUUAACCUAUCUCACCCCCGAGCUCUUGUGAUCAGCAUCUUAAAGCAGAACUCAGCCAACCAUUUUCUCUUAUAAGGAAAAGAGGUCUCCCUUCCUCAAUGUUCUCCAUGUGAGCUGCUUGACGGCAGCUGCAUGAGGACACACUUAAUUCUCAUGUCCUUGCUUGCUGAGUGCAACUUUUAUUUAUUUAUUUUUUACUUUGUCCUUCACUUUUGUCUUGUGCUCAUGUCAGCUGCUGGCAGUUCAAACAUCUUUUUUUUGUGCUCCUGCCCCGAGAGAGAAAGGGGUGUUACUUUAAAUGAGCGAUGAUCAAGUGGUGUUAUGUGUCCCUGACAGGUGCCAGCAUGGAUGUGGAGGAUGAGCCACUGCUGUUUCAGACCAACUGGGGAGGGGAGGAGGAGGAGGAGGAGGAGGAUGGAGUAAGGCACGCAACAGGACAGAGGUGUUUUUCUGGGGAGGCUGGGGUGUGUGGACUUUGGAGGGCAGUAGGAUGGGUGUACACACAGCCCUGGGCCAGUGGAGUGGUUUUAGGGGUAGUUGUCUCGCUACCGUGUGCCCUGUUUGCCUACAUGCUCCUCUACUGCCCUCCUCUGGACAUAGACCUCUCCUAUAGUGCCUUUGAGGUUCACAGUCACUUCUCUGCCGAGCGCUUCGACGCCCUCACCAUUGCUGUAAAGACUCAGCUAGGGUCCUGGGACAGACGUAGGCGAGACUUAGAUAACAGCGAGUCUGAGGCCCUGAGGGAGCUUCUGCUGGAGAUGCUGAGCAGACAGGGAGCAUUCAACAGGACAGAUAAUGAGGGCGUGAGGUCUUCCACUCCUCCUAACGAUCCUUUACAUGCAGCAGAUGAUCAGAAGAGUGGAGCCUCAGAGAGCAGAGAUAAAAGGACAGUGCUGGAAUUGGGGAAGCACAAUAACUCAAAUCACAGAGCAGCGGAGGAAGCAGAGAGAUCAUGGGAUGAGAAUUUGACUCUUCCGCUCAUUAGGAGGCGCAGAUCUGCUCCCAAUUACUACCUGCAGAGCCAGGCUCUGUGGAGGAUCGAGCUGGUGUUUGUGGCUCAAGGGGAAGGCGAUCACAACAUCUUCACUCCUGAACGUCUGCAGACGAUUCACCACGUGGAGCGCCUGCUCAUGCAGCACCCGCAGUUUCAUCAGUUCUGCUGGAAGCCUCUGGAGAUGCUAAGGGAUCUGCCACUAGGACCGUCCUACUGCUCCCCACCCAGCUCACUCCUGACUUAUCUGUACCCCAGUGAGAGGGGAGGGAAGAUAUACUAUGAUGGCAUGGGCCCAGAUCUAGCUGAUAUUCAAGGUUCUCUGAGUCUGGCCAUCACCCACCCACAGUUCUACUGGUACGUGGAUGAGAGUCUGUCCCCUGAGCAUCUCUCCUCCUCCCUCUUACGCAGUGAGAUCCACUUCGGAGCUCCUCUUCCUUCCUACUACUCCAUGCAGGACCGAGCUCACGAGCAAAGAUCACGUUUCAAAGACUUUGUCGUUCAGUAUGCAGACACCCUGGCAAAGCAAUCCACCAGCCAGGUGAAGGUGCUGUAUGGUGGAACAGAGCUGUUUGACGAUGAGGUGAGACACACCUUCUACAAUGACAUGAUGCUGGCUGUCAUCAGUGGAGCGUGCAUUACUGUGCUCGUCUAUGUCCUUACCUCCUUUUCUGUGUUUCUGACUUUCUUCGGACUUACUAGCAUUGGACUGAGCUGCCUAAUGGCUCUUUUUCUGUACCAUGUUGUCUUUGGCGUGAGGUACCUGGGCAUACUCAACGGAGUUGCAGCCUUUGUAAUUAUCGGGAUUGGGGUGGAUGAUGUAUUUGUGUUCAUCAGCACCUUCAGACAGGCUUCUCAUCUGCGUCAACCGCAGCAGCGGAUGAUCUACACAAUUAAAACAGCUGGCCGAGCUACUUUUCUCACCUCCUUCACUACUGCAGCUGCCUAUGCUGCGAACACCUUCUCUCAGAUUCCAGCUGUGCAUGACUUCGGCCUAUUCAUGGCCCUCAUUGUGAGCUGCUGCUGGCUUUGGGUAUCCGCCCUGAUGCCCGCCGCUCUUUGUAUCUGGACUGAGUGUGUGGAGCCUCAGGAACACGCCUGGUUGAAUUGCUGGAAGCUGUUUUCGGGCCUGUCGGCGAGCCACGGCCCUUUGUCAGAUGAGGAUGAUGAUGUGGCACUUCUGUCAGUGGAGAUGGAGCCAGGCUCCUGUGACACAGAUGGCGACGCGGCCAUUCUUUCCCUGUCAGUGGAGACACCUCUCUCCCCUCCAGGGCAGCAGCAUGUGGGCGUGGUGAGCACGAAUCUCCGGUGGGCUCUAAAGCACUUAGUGGCAGAGCCGGCCGUGGUGCGGCGAAAGGCCGUUCUAGGUGUCUUCCUCCUGGUGCUGCUCUUGUCUGCUGGGUUCUGCUGUCUCCUGAGGCCCGCCACUCACGCCCCCCUUCUUUUCCGCCGGGACACAAACCUCCAGACUCUGCUGGCUCUGAGGAGCAACCUCAGCGGCCAAGGCAUCUCCUGCCCCAUGUGCUCUGGUGUGUUCAUGGAAAAGCCCCAUCCUUUGUACACCCACGCUUCCUCAUCAGCAUUUAAGUUCUCUACACAUCAGCAGACCCAGAGCACAACAGCCUUCUCUUCUCCUCGGAGCUCAGUAAAACCAAAUUCAAGCACCAACCAAACAGGCUCUUUACUUACAGUGUUCAUAUCAAAAUUGGACCUUGGAGCCUCUACAACUCUUUACCGCUUCUCCCUCAACACCAGCACUCCCUCCCCAUGGAAACUGUGCCGCACAGAGCAUGAAGACGUGUCAUCAUUUCAGGCUUAUAAUCAGCCCCGUGGCAAUUACACCACCAGAAUGACAGUGUGUGUUUCCCAUGUGUACCACCCGUACCCCAGCUGGAUGAUCACAUCCACCUUGUGUGAACCCCGUCAUGGCUGGACGCCAGAGUUUUCCUUUUAUGUAGCGUCAUCUCUGCAGCAGAACAGCAGGAGACUGUGCUUUGCCCAGCGCCGCCUGAGACCUCAUCCCAGCCGCGUGUGCGUCAACCCGCCUGGCUGCGGCAUCAGUUCUGGGCCUGAUGGACCCACACAGGGAACCUUUUAUAUUCCCAGUGAUGCCUCUUCUGCUGCCAAAACAAAAUCAUCCAAAACGUUUGGCUUCAACCCAUGCAGCGGCGGCGCAUGUGGCCAUCCAGCGGUUCGUCCUCUGGUCGACACCGGGGCGAUGGUUUUCGUUGUGUUUGGCAUCUUGGGAGUCAAUCGAACCGAAAUCAGGGACAACCACGUUAUUGGCGAUAUGGGCAGCAUUAUAUUGGACCCAGACUUUGAUAUUUUCCAGGAAAUGGGGCUUCUCUGCAAGAUCUGUAAAGCUAUUAGUGCAAACACACAACUUGUAAAGCCAGGAGGAGCGCAGUGUUUGCCUUCAGGUAAUAAACUGUCGUCCAUUCUGCCUCUGCUCCAUCCUGAAUGUCACUCUCUCCCUGAGCCCAACCUGCUCCCCGGGCAGCUCUCUCACGGAGCGGUGGGAAUGCGUGGAGGGAAGGUCUGCUGGCUGUCCAUGGCCUUUGAGUCUACCACAUACAAGGGGAAAUCCUCCUUUCAGACCUAUUCUGACUUCCUUCAGUGGGAGAACUUCAUCCAGGAGCAGCUCGCCUCACUCCCGCAGUCCUCCGCUCUGCAGCGGGGUUUCCAGACCUGCGAGCACUGGAAGCAGAUCUUCAUGGAAAUUAUAGGUGUGGAGAGUGCCCUCUGGAGUCUGCUGCUGUCUCUGGCCAUCUGUGUGGCAGCUGUGUCCGUGUUUACUGCACAUCCUCUGCUGCUGCUCCCAGUACUCAUAACCAUUCUAGGAGUGAUCUGUCUGGUAGUGGCGCUCAUGUAUUGGCUGGGCUGGGAGAUGGGAGGAGUGGAGGCAAUUUCUCUAUCCAUACUUGUGGGAUCUUCAGUGGAUUACUGUCUGCACCUGGUGGAGGGAUACCUGCUGGCUGGGGAGGCCCUUUCCUCUUCGCCUGGUCAUAACUCAGAGCCAGGGCCCGAGAGGCAGAGACGGACCUUGGAGGCAGUGAACCAUGUGGGCGUUGCCAUAGUGUCCAGCGCCGUCACCACAGUGAUCUCCACCGUCCCUCUCUUCUUCUGUGUCAUUGUGCCUUUCGCCAAGUUUGGCCAGAUAGUGGCCAUUAACACCGCCGUCUCCAUUUUUUUCACCCUGACCGUGACUGUGGCCAUGUUGGCGUGCAUGGCCCCGGCUCGCUUCAACAGACACCCCGGCGCCGUGCUGAAGGCCGGCCUGGCCGUGAUGGCCGCGGCAGCCUUGGGAGCGGCUCUGUGCUGGGUGGGAAGACGGCUGGGAGCGUUGGCCUGGCAAUCAAUCAGCACGUAAACACAACUGUCCGCCUACUUGCACUGAUGUCAGGCAGGGGAGUUCCUCUGUACGCAAAACUAUGAGAACUGUAAGCACUCUAUUGUCCUCCAUGUUUGGGAGGAAUAUCAGAUCAGUAAAUGGUCUUGUUCUUUACAGCACAAAGAUGUCAGAAUCUAUUCCACAGUUAGAAGCUGUUUGUCAUCACAAAGUACAUAUUUUUCAUUUGUAUUGAUCAGUGGAUUUUAAGAAACUCCAAGUACUAUAGUGUAUAUGACUGUAUAUGAUCGUCUUCAGCCUAUGGUGGACAUAAUUGAGUACUUGUUGGGAAACACUGGCCGAGUCACAGCUUUCAUCAGUGCGUCAUUGCCACUGACUGUUCUGUGACCUUCUGUUGCAAACACAGAGAGGGUGCCGCACUCUGACGUCCGUGAACAUUAGUGUUACUGUUGUUUUUAUGAUUCAUGGCCAUCUUGUGAAACAUUGUUUGAUUUCUUUUUUUUUUUUUUUGGUGUGUUUUCUUAGUUGUGCAUUGAAUGUGUUACCAGCCACAUUAGUAACAAAGGUUAUGAUGUCCCGAUGUGGCUGGAUUAAAAGUUGUACAAGUCAAGUUUAUACCGUGCACAGUUUUGUUAAAAGUAAUGUGGGGUGUAAAUGUUUCCGUAUGCUGCUCUCACACAUUCUGAACUGAACUUUUGAUGCUGCCAGCACACACUCGUUCUGAAGUGUAAACCAAGGCUUAUCGUCCUCUCUUUUGACCCCUUCACAUGUUUAUAUCUUGGAAUUCAAACUGCUUCAAUGUCUCUAUUUUUGUCAUCAGCACCAACUGACAGAGACCUCGUUAGCUCCUCAGGUGUGCCCUCUACACGUCCUCCACUGCACUUGUGGGCACUCACUGUAACCAACUCUGCUCCCUCGUCUGCACUCACCCAAUUUAGAGCACCACUCAAACACCCAUCGACGCCAGCUCCGGUCUGCCCCGCAGUGAAGGUGAGGGCCAUUUGUCAAACCACGUAACACAAUAAUGGCUCGGGAGAGUGACUGACUCAACUGCGGCAAGAGUAGUAGAUUUCUGUUCUGUGCGUGUUACUUGUGAAUGUCAAAUAAAAACAGGUGCAGAAAGCCUCGGCUAUCUUCUUUUGUGAAACCUCAGCA